AUGCCUGCCCCCCUAUCUAGGGGGGCGCAGAAACAGCAACAACAGCAGCAAGCAGGAGGGGGCUCCUCUGCCCCCGACCUCUUGAGCUCGCUGAAGCCGUGUGCCUUGCCAGAGGACAUGCCACUUCCCGUCAGCAGCAGGAAGGCAGCAGCAGCUGCUGCUGCAGAGAAUGAGGAUGAUGAUGAUACCGGGGGCUUCGACUGGAAGGCCCUCUCCCGUUCUUCCCAGCAGCAGCGAAAGCAACAGCACCACCGGAGUAAUGCGGACGCCGUUGCUACAGCUUCUCAACGUAUAGCUGUGAUCACCGGCACUGGAAGUUCCCAGGAAGGUGCUGCAGGUGCAACAUCAGCAGCACACCAACACGCGAGCCAGAAGCCUGAAUCCGAUCGCCCAGGUCCUCAAGACGGCACGGAUGCCUUAGGACGCAAGGUGUGGGACAAGGAGUUUUACGAGGAGAAGGCAAAGGAGAAGGCCGCUUCGCUAGGAGUCGACUCCUUUUUGGAUUUGCUGCCUAAACCUCGAGAGAAACCGAAGCCCCCCCCAUUGCCACCCUGUGGUUACCGGCAGCUGCUGCAGCGGCGAACCUUUAAGAUAGACUUCGCGAGAGAAGUUGGCCGCACCAAAAUUGUUACAUUGCAGACCCCCAGGAUGCAGCAAGGAGGGUUCUGGUGCGACAUCUGCGAGUGCCUGUGCAAAGACUCCCAAGCUUAUUUGGAUCAUAUUAACGGGCGCAACCACAACCGACUUCUUGGAAUGAGUAUGCGCGUUGAGCGGGUGUCGUUGGCGCGGGUCAAGGCGGCUCUACAGGCAGAAAGGCUGGCCUUGGAAGCUGGAGGGGAGCAGCUGAACCCAAAGAUUACUGUUGAUGCGCCUCUUAAGCAGCACCAGCCAGGAGGGGGAGGGAGUCAAGGAGCGGCAGGGGGCAUAGGGUCCCUUCCGACUGGCGGGGCCAUUGAAGAGGGAGCCCCUGAGGCGGAAGAUGAAUUUGAACGGGUCAAAAGACGUUUAGAAGAACUUGAGAGGGAGCAAGAGCUAAAGAAGCAGCGCAAGAAGGAAAGGAAGAAAGCUGCUGCUGCUGGAGGCGGAAACACUGUCUCAGCCACAGGUGGAAAACCAGCAUGCAGCGGAUUGGAAGCCAAUCCUGAUGCUGCUGCCCUCGCAGCAAUGGGGCUGCCGACUUCUUUUACUGGCUGCUGA